AUGGUUGUUGACACGUUCAAGACAAUUUCAAGUAAUGUUGGUGCUCAUAUCAAGGAUGUUUACAAGACGACUGAAUCUGAAGUUCUGCAUUUUUCUCACAAUUUGAAAGAUACAAUUACGUUCCACCAUCGUGAUUUUGAUAAGGAUGAUCUAUUGAUAAAGGAGUACCAGCACGAUAUAAAGCAGGCGCGACAAGGGUUAAAUCAUUUGCAAGCACAAAAUAACCAAUUGUACAAGAAGCUAUUUCCUGGUGUAUUGGCUAUGAAUUUGAGAAUUGCUAGAGAGUUUAUUAAACUAAUAGGUCCAGGAUCUUUGGAAUUUGAAAACAUAGAGGAAUACUAUCAUGAAUUUGACGUUUACGAAGCUUCUCUGGAAAUACCUCAUGUCCACCCCAAGGAGAAACAAUUUUUGAUUGAAAGUGUAAAUGAUGAGUUAUUUCAGUAUAUACAAUCGAUUGAAAACUUGAAAAUCAACUUGAAACAAGAUUGUGAGUAUUUCGCAAACUCCCUAGCUCCAAAGAUCAACAGUAUGCGAAAACAAUUGCAUGAAAUCUUGAAACUAAUAAAGCGAAGGAAUAGGAAAAGAGAAGAACAGGAUAGACUAGGUAGAAAGAUUGCAAAGUUGAAUCAAAAGCAACCACCAUUGAGUGAGAAGGAUCAAGAACACUUGAAUAAACUUCAAGUGGAAUUCACCCAAGUAGAUAAGGAUUUCGAUGCUCUCAACUCCAAAACAACUGCCCUUUUGCCAAAUGCAAUGGCUUUUUUAGAUGAAUUUAUUGAAAACGUUACCAAAUUGCUCAUUUGUCAUCAAACAAACACUUGUAAAAAUAUUGUGGAAACACUAGAAUAUUUCAACAUUUUCUAUGGUUUUAUUGGUGACAAUAUUCCUGAUUAUGAAACCAUUUCAAGUCAAUGGGAACAAGAUAUCACAACCACAAGGUUACAAAUUGAGUCAUUUUUGACCCUAAUUAAAAACAAAAACCCGGAAAUCAUUGACAAGGAAAUCGACGAUCAGGAUAAAGCUUCAAAGACAUACAAAUUCUGGGUCAGUAUGACAACAAAAUUAAAGGAGAAAAAGCAUUUGGUGAAACCUAGUAACCCUUUGUAUGGUAUGUUUAACGAUACAGAAGCAAUUGAUCCAAUCAAAGCUUAUGAGAAAUACCAAAACCCUCAGGCUAAUCAGCUAGAAACCUAUCAUCCACGCAAAAUAUUGGAUUUAGAGGAUGUAGUUGUAGUUGAAAAUAGGGAGCAAUCAGCAUUACCGCCACCACCGCCAUUACCACCAAGACACAAUACAAACAUCACCAUACUGAGACCAUCACUUUCUAGUGGAAUGCCAGCUGGUCAACAACCAUAUUCAAUCUAUUCACAAGCACAAAAUGAUUCAAUGGAGUCACUUUCUCUAGAUGAUGACGACGAUGAUGAUGACAACGACGUAUCUUCUAUAAUGUCCGGUUCCUCCGCUACUAGUUCAUUAUCCAGUACCUCUGUACCAAAACAUACUAAUUUCACCAAGUCACUAUCGAUAGAUCAAAAUUUGGGAAGAAUUUACAAUAUGGCCAAGAAUGAAAUUAAAAAAAGUCCAAUAACAGCUCAUACAUGGUGGCAGUUGCCUAUACUUGACACAAGAUACUCAAAGAUCCCAAUGACAGAUGCCUAUAAGCUUAUAUUAUGGGAGAGUUUUUUCAAAAAGCUAAAUAAACCUAAAUCGAUUAAAAAAAUUGCAAAAUAUGAUUUCAAAGGUGAAGAAGUGGGGGAUUUGUCAUUUAAUAAAGGUGAUGUUAUUGAAAUUAUAUUUGAUUUUCAAAAUAUCGACAGUUUGUACAUGCAAGACAAUUUGAAUUGGUAUAUUGGUAAAAUCGAUACUGGUUCAAGUGACUAUAGAAUUGGACUUGUACCUAAUAACUAUCUAGAAUAA